UUUAGGUAGAAUAGUCUCAUUCUAAUGCUUAUUUACUGAAAUCAUGUUUGUGUAUUUUAAAAUGGUAUUUUUUUUAUUUAGACGUAUGAAAAUUAUUUUACACUACUUGUAUGGUUGAUGCUGUACAUUUUGUUAAUGUUUUACCUGUCUUACACACUGACACCCCCACAUAAUUUUCUUACUAAUACUAAAGUGACAAGCUGUCAUCUGUUGUAACAGGAAAUAAUUUUAGACUUCUGCUUUGAGUGUCUGACUGUACUGCUGUAGAGCACUUGAGAUGUCUCUCUUUAUAUUUGUGACUCUUCUGGUCAUCACAUCUGCAUCAUUACCUGCAUCCUCAAGAGACAAUUGUAAUGUAGAAUUACCAAGAAACAUAACAGCAUUGAGUGGUUCAUGUGUACAGAUACCCUGCACAUUCAACGCCUCUGAUUUUGAAGUCAAAUUGAAGACUACAGAGGAGAUAUUUGGUUGUUGGUCAAAGACAACAUAUCAGAUCAGCGAUUUGGUUUUUAGUAGCAGUGGACCCAUCAUUAAUGGAUUUAGUCUUAUAGAGAUGGUUGGAAAUCUCAGUCGGCGUGAAUGCACCACUGUUUUCUACAAUGUCACGAGCAAACAUUCAGACGUCUACUACUUCAGGUUGCAAAUGGAGCCAAACAUAUUUAGAUUCACAGUUACCAACAAUUUUGUAAACAUUAAAGUUUUAGGUAAGGCUACACUGAAACUAUUAAGCUAGUAUAAUACAUUUAACAUGAAUCUCUAACUAUGAUUGUAGAAUUAAUAUGAUCAUGGAUGUUAUUACAAAUAAAUGUAAAUAUUUAUUAUUAGAUAGGACAUCAGUAGAUCUCUUAUGGGCCAAGUUUUUAAAGCGUUUUUAUCAACCCUAUUCACUAAGUUUAUUUUUUUUGUCUGUGAAAGAAUUGAAAAUGUGGUUGUGUUAUUUGUGUUUUUUUAUCUUAACCAAUAUUUGUUACAGUGUAUGUUUUAUUUUUGUAGAUGUGCCAAAGCCUCCUAAACUCAAUGAUCUACCGGAUGUGAUGGAGGGCACUGCAGUGAAUCUGAUCUGCUCUGCUGAAGCUCCCUGCCCCAAACAACCUCCUACAUUAUCCUGGACUAACAUCCCCAAAUCUGCCAACAUUACAACACAGUUACUGGAGAAACCUGAUCAAACUUAUUCAGUGUUUUCCUCAAUGACCUUCAAUGCUUCAUACAUGGAUCACAAGAUGAACAUCUCCUGCACUGCAACAUAUCCAAGAAACAUCUCCAAUAACACAACUGUGAACAGCACAGUAAUGCUCCGAGUGUUAUUUUCUCCAAAAGAAACUCGUUUUCUCAUUGAACCAAAUGCUUCAGUCUCUGUUGGCACUAAUGUGACUUUAACCUGCCAAAGCAAAGCCAAUCCAUCAAAUGACCUGAACUACACCUGGUACAAAAGAGGAGAGCAGGAACCUCUGGCUUUUGGAAAGCAAAUGACCUUCAAUGUCAGUAAAACAAAUGGUGGUUGGUACUCCUGCACGGCAAAAAACAAACAUGGUUCCCAAACUUCAGAAGCGAUCCAGCUGAUUGUUAAAGUCAUUUUCAUAGUAGGGUCAUCAGAAUCCUUCAUCGUGUCUUUGAUCGUCGGUGGUGUUGGAGGAGUUUUCGCUUUUCUUCUGUUAUGUCUUCUGGUGACGAUUUUCAUAAGAAAACAAAGGACGCAAGCAUCUAACGUACCUGUUAUUAGGGAAGCUGACUUUUCAGAUCAGGACCAGAAAAACCACAAAGAGACCAAUGCCACUUAUACUAAUAGUGCUUUUGUGACGAGUGAAAAACCAGAGACACCAAAAGAUGAAGGCGACAUCCACUAUGGAGAGAUUAACUUCACCCCAGUCCAAACCGAAACCAUCACAGAGAAAAGCUCGGGUCAAGAGACGGUAUAUGCUGAGGUUUGCAACUCAGGCAUGAAGAUUAACCAGGAUUAGUCAAU